UGCAGGGCCCCUUUCCUCCCUCACCCACCCCUUUGUUCUACGUUCAGUUUCUUAUGGAGCAGUACAAGACGUCCAACGACGGCGAUGUCCGGAAGAAGCUUAGAACCCCCACAAUGUCUGCCGCAAAGGCUCUGGAACAACUCGUCGCCGACGAGCUCUCUUCAUCGUCACGAUCAUCAACUUCCAGCCGUCGUCACCACCCCGAACACCUCUCAAAACCUAACCUCCCCGAGUCCAAACUCCACUCCACUCCCCCCCCUUCCAAAAGACGUCGUAACACCCUCCCACACAACCACUUCCCCGGCUUGGACGCACUUAGAGAUCACCUCAAUCGCCGCCAAGAUCCUGCCGAUUCUUCUCCGACUGAUUCACAUCCGCGUCACACCCGCUCAAACCCAUCUGGCGAUUCUAUUUCUACUCUUCUCCUCUUGACGAAUGACCGCCUGACGCAGGAAACGUCACGCGCAGAUGCAGCAGAGCGCCAUGCGCGUCAAUUGUUAAUUCAUCUAAGAACUGCACAUGAUGCCAAGGCCAGGUUGAGUCAGGAUUUGUUAAAGGUGAAGACGGAGUUGGGGCUGUACAAGGCGCAGUUGGAUGUCGCGCAAAAGGAAAUAUUCAGGGCCCAAGAAAUCGUCGAAACCGUUGAACGUCAACGCGUUGCCGCUGAACACCAAGCUAUGAAAGAUAGGGAGCGGGCUCGGAAAUUAUUAGAGGAAAAGGCUGUAUCAGAGGCGUUGGCUGAAGGGAGACGGAUGGGUUUCCAGGAGGGUUUGGAAAGGGGAAGGGUGAUGGCUUUAUCGGAUGAAAGGAGGGGUAGGAGGGUUGAGGAAGAGAUUGAAGAUGAUGAAUCUGUGGAUACUGGGGAUGACGAGAGGUUUGAGGUCGUACCUUCUUCUCAUCAAUCUCCCGCUUCCAUUCAGCCACCUUUGAAUCGAGCACCUUCUGUGAUGGAAAGCGUCCCGUCCGCACCAGAACGAGCUAGGCCUCCAAUACGUGAACCGCGAGAACCCAGCGUUACACGCUCCAGACGGGCCGCUUCAGCUGCGACUACGAGCCGUUCGAGACGGCCAAGCUCACCUACUCCUGUUCAACACCAUCACGUACCAGAUACCGCUCGUUUCGCGCCUUCACUUCCGCGACCAUCUGUCGUCAGCCCAGUUCCCAUGCGCGUUCCAUCAACGCAACCGCAGCCCAUUCCUGAACACAAUGUUAACCCAUCCCUCGCUCGCUCACCAGAAGAAAUUAACGUCGUCCCACGAGCACCUUCUUUCCUUUCCGCAGCGCCCUCCUUUGUCGACCUCGACGAUCCCACAGCAAUCCAUCCUAUUUCAGUACGAAACAGGAGUCCCAGCAGAUCUCAUCGCUCCAUCGUAUUGCCUCCUGACGGAUACAUCCCCACCCUUGGCGAGAACAACUCAAUUCUACUACCCCCUCCUCACGAAUUGAGUAACCCAGUCCCUCCCAUCGGCGCGGAGGUCAACCAGCCAGAAGAAAGUCAAAGGGAACCCGCGACUGUCAUCCGUGAUUAUGCCUACCCUGGUGGUAUGAAGCACGGUACUGUAGGCUUCCAAGCGAAUACUCGUGACGACGACGCUGCAACGGUCUUUGGGAGUAUGAUCCGUGGCAAAGUGCCGACAAUAUCAACGGUAUCAAUGGGAUCUACACAUAUCUCACAGCUCGAUCUUGUCAGUCCGCCACGUGGCAAGGGGAAGGAGAAGAGUAAUCGUGCACGGCGAGGAGGCAAGAGCCGUGAUCGUGAAAGUGAGAGUUUGGGACGGGGUGGACGGACUCGCGCGAGAACCCAGCCUGAGCAGAUUGUGGAGGAGUGGCGCUCACAUAAUUCGGAUAUCCUUAGGUCGCUGACACCAAGUUCUACAUCCCCCGCUCCGAAGCAGCAGAAGGGCGCCGCUUCCAAUUCGGUGUAUGCAGGAAGUAUGAGAAAAAAGUCUGGGCAGACUGUAAUUGAACGCCCCAAGACGGCCGAACCUACCGCUGUGCCCCGCUCUCCACGUAUGAGUGCUGGCUCGCGCCUACAGAAACAUGACCUACCCCCUCUACCAAACUUUGGAGUGGAUCGAGAUGGUGCUUCUGUUGAGCAAUUUAAGCGAGGUAGAGAUGCCGCUCCCCGAUCGCCUCCUCGUCGUGAAGCGCCUCGGACCAUCGCGGCUCCAGAACGCGCUGUCUCCCCUAGAAAUUGGUUGAGAUUUAAUAGCCAACGUGAAGCGGCGAACGCUACAGUUCCCAACAUCGACGUCGAAUCUCCGUCGGUAUCUCCUGCAAGCGCUCCUAGAGAGUCAGUGGUCGACCCAGUCCUUCUCAGCUCUGAGCACGCCAACAGGCCUAUGACACCAUCACUUCCCCCUCUACCACAUCCUCGAGAGCCGUCUGACCACAUAUAUUCUGGAAUGUACUCCAAUCAGACGCCUCUUCAGAUACACGCCGUUCUUCACGACAACGAUUUCCCUCCUGGGUUUGUACCUUUGAGUCCAAUUCCCACCACGUCGAACUUUAUCCCCCAUCGCUCCCCGCCGAUUCACACUUAUGAGCCGUUUAUUCCACCAGCUAUCAUGAAUUCUGCUGCUCAGAAGAGGUCUACGGGAUUUGAUGUGUCGCCGGCACCUUUGAACCGUCCGAUUUCACUCUUCUCUGAUGUUUAG